AUGUCUCUCCAAAACCCGUUAACUUUUCUCACCUCAAAUGCCAUCUCCUCCCCUUCCCCUCUCUCCAGAGGUGGCAUGCUGGAUGCACACAGGCGAGCGGCAAAGUGCGCGGGUGCACCGGCUGUACCUGCAGGCGCUGCUGCGGCAGGAGGAGCAGUCUGGGCCCUUGUGUUCCACUCCUCUCCGCCACUCCCCACACCUCCCUUUCUCCUCCCCCUUUCCUCCUUCGCAGAGGUGGCGUGCUGGAUGCACACGGGCGAGAGGCAGAGCGCGAGGGUGCGCCGGCUGUACCUGCAACUCACAUUUCCCCCUCUUCCCAUCUCCUCCUCUGUCCUCCGCUUCCCCUGCCAUCCCCGCAGAGGUGGCGUGCUGGAUGCACACGGGCGAGAGGCAGAGCGUGAGGGUGCGCCGGCUGUACCUGCAACUCACAUUUCCCCCUCUUCCCAUCUCCUCCUCUGUCCUCCGCUUCCCCUGCCAUCCCCGCAGAGGUGGCGUGCUGGAUGCACACGGGCGAGAGGCAGAGCGCGAGGGUGCGCCGGCUGUACCUGCAACUCACAUUCCCCCCUCUUCCCAUCUCCUCCUCUGUCCUCCACUUCCCCUGCCAUCCCCGCAGAGGUGGCGUGCUGGAUGCACACGGGCGAGAGGCAGAGCGCGAGGGUGCGCCGGCUGUACCUGCAACUCACAUUGCCCCCUCUUCCCAUCUCCUCCUCUGUCCUCCGCUUCCCCUGCCAUUCCCGCAGAGGUGGCGUGCUGGAUGCACACGGGCGAGAGGCAGAGCGCGAGGGUGCGCCGGCUGUACCUGCAACUCACAUUGCCCCCUCUUCCCAUCUCCUCCUCUGUCCUCCGCUUCCCCUGCCAUUCCCGCAGAGGUGGCGUGCUGGAUGCACACGGGCGAGAGGCAGAGCGCGAGGGUGCGCCGGCUGUACCUGCAACUCACAUUGCCCCCUCUUCCCAUCUCCUCCUCUGUCCUCCGCUUCCCCUGCCAUCCCCGCAGAGGUGGCGUGCUGGAUGCACACGGGCGAGCGGCAGAGUGCGCGGGUGCGCCGGCUGUACCUGCAGGCGCUGCUGCGGCAGGAGGUGGCCUUUUUCGACCUCGAGGCAUGCUCGGGGGAGCUGGUGAACCGCGUAUCAUCUGAUGUGCUGCUGCUGCAAGAUGCCAUCUCGGAGAAGGUGGGUGUGUUGGUGCUUGAGGCCCCUCAAAAUGUAUGGCACCUGGCCCUACUCCACACACCUAUCCUCUCUCCAAUCCUCGCUUCCUUGCCCCCCAACCAGGUGGGCAACUGCAUUCACUACUUCUCCACGUUCGUGUGUGGCUUCAUAGUCGGCUUCACCAGCGUGUGGCAGCUGGCUCUGGUCAUUCUCGCCGUGUGCCCGCUCAUCAUCGCCACGGGAGGGAUCUAUGCGGCUGUGCUCACGGGCCUCAUGACUCAGGGCGAGAAGGCUUACACCGAAGCAGGGAAGAUUGCUGAACAGGCGGUGGGGCAGGUGCGCACAGUGCAGUCGUACGUGGCAGAGGACAGGACAGUGGAGGCAUAUGGGCGGGCUUUAAGGGACACGUUCAAGCUGGGAGUCAAGGGCGGAUUAGCCAAGGGAGUGGGCCUAGGCGCCAUCUACGGACUCAUGUUCGCGUCCUUUGCGCUCAUGUUCUGGUUCUCCGGCCUUCUCAUCUCCCAAGGCAUCGGCAACGGAGGCUCAAUCCUCACCACCAUGUUCGCCAUCGCCCUCGGCAGCCUGGGGCUCGGCCAAGCCCUCCCUAACGUCACAGCCUUUUCCAAGGGCUGUGUGGCAGCGUAUAAGAUCUUUGUGACUAUAGCGAGACGGCCGGUGAUUGGCGGGGAGGAGGAGGGGGGGAGCGGUGGGAAGGAGUUGGAGGCGGUGGAGGGGCGGGUGGAGUUUGAGAAGGUGUGCUUUGCAUACCCGGCUCGGCCUGAAGUGCCGAUAUUUAAGGACUUCUCCCUCUCAAUACCCGCUGGUACCACGGUCGCCCUGGUCGGCCCAUCAGGCAGCGGCAAGUCAACCGUCGUGGCGCUCAUCCAGCGCUUCUACGACCCGACAGCUGGCAGCGUUUCAUUGGACGGCGCGGAUCUGCGCCAGCUCAGCCUGACGUGGCUGCGCUCCCAGCUGGGGCUUGUCAGCCAGGAGCCGUCCCUGUUUGCUACCAGCAUUCUGGAGAACAUUCGGUACAGCAAGGAGGACGCGACACAGGAGGAGGUGGAGGAAGCAGCAAGGAUCGCCAACGCGCAUUCCUUUGUGACUGCGCUACCGCAAGGGUACAACACACAGGUGGGAGAGAGGGGCGUGCAGCUGUCAGGAGGGCAGAGGCAGCGCAUCGCCAUCGCCAGAGCAGGCGUUCGCAACCCCCGCGUGCUGCUAUUGGACGAGGCCACGUCAGCACUGGACAGCGAAUCAGAGCGCGUGGUGCAGGCGGCUCUGGACGGUGGGCUGAUGCGCGGCAGAUCAACGGUUGUGAUCGCACACCGGCUGUCCACGAUCCGGAAUGCAGACAAGAUUGCUGUGGUGGCCGGGGGUAGGGUGGUGGAGGAGGGGACACACGAAGAGCUGAUGGCGCAUGGGGGGGCGGAGGAGGGGGGAGGGGGAGGGGAGGAUGAUGAGGGGAGGGGUGUGGUUAGUGCAAAGGAAGGUGCGAGGAAAGAGGGGGGCGUGUAUGCUAACUUGGUUCGCCUGCAGAUGGUAGCUGGGGAGGAUCGCCACGUAAGCCUGAAUGCUCUGGCCAAUCAGGUUCCAGGAUUGAAAGCAGCCGGCCGCCUUCGAAUUGACGUGAACCAGUCAGGAUACGAGGAGGACGUGGGUAGGAAGAUCUCGAGGGCGCUGAGCUCCAUCUCAGCAUCCUCCACGCCACGUGGGUUCAGAGAUCCUGCUGCUGACGUGGGCCAAUCAGGGAGCAUAGAGAACGUGGGAAGUAAGCUCUCGAGGGCACUGAGUUCCCUGUCAGCAGCCUCCACUCCACGUGGCUUCAGAGAGCCUGCUGCUGACGUGGACCAAUUAAGGAGCAUAGAGAACGUGGGAAGGAAGAUCACCAGGGCGCUUAGCUCCCUCUCAGGAGCCUCCACAGAGCCUGCUGCUGACGUGGACCAAUCAGGGAGCAUGGAGAACGUGGGAAGGAAGAUCACCAGGGCGCUUAGCUCCCUCUCAGCAGUCUCCACUCCACGUGGCUUCAGAGAGCCUGCUGCUGACGUGGACCAAUCAGGGAGCAUGGAGGACGUCGGAAGGAAGAUCUCCAGGGCGCUGAGCUCCCUGUCAGCAGCCUCCACUCCACGUGGCUUCAGAGAACCUGCUGCUGACGUGGACUUUGACUUGGAUCUAAUGGGAUCUGACGUGGAGGAGGAAGAGGAGGAGGGAGGAGAAGGGGGAGGAGGGAAGCGAGUGUGGGGGGAACUGAGGAAGGUUCUACCAGCUCCCCUGAGGGCGUUGCUCCCUGGCGGCAAAAAGAGAGGAGAUGACAAGGGGAAAAACAGUCAGGAGGGCAAGGAGAGUGGAGAGGAGGAGGAGGGCGCGAAGGGAGAAGGAGAAGGAGAAGGGGAAGGAGAAGGAGAAGGAGUGGGGGGAAAGAAGGCGUCGUGGUGGCGACUAGCGCGUAUGAGUGCUCCUGAGUGGCCCUUCACUGCUCUGGGCGCGGCUGGUGCUGUCAUGGCAGGCGCGUUCAACCCCGUGUAUGCGCUUCUGCUCAUUGAUCUGGUUGCGGCUCUCUACAACCCUGUUACCGAUGAGAUGAAGCGGGCCAUAGUCUUCACUACUCCACCCACAUUGUGCCAUCCCCCUCCCAUCCCCAACCGCACUGCAGCGGCUCUCUACAACCCUGAUACCGAUGAGAUGAAGCGGGCCAUAGUCUUCACUACUCCACCCACAUUGUGCCAUCCCCCUCCCAUCCCCAACCGCACUGCAGCGGCUCUCUACAACCCUGAUACCGAUGAGAUGAAGCGGGCCAUAGUCUUCACUACUCCACCCACAUUGUGCCAUCCCCCUCCCAUCCCCAACCGCACUGCAGCGGCUCUCUACAACCCUGAUACCGAUGAGAUGAAGCGGGAGGUCAACAAGUGGGCCAUAGUCUUCACGGCUCUCGGCGUGCUGGCGCUGCCAGUGCACUCGGUGCAGAACUACGGCUUUGGCGUGUCGGGAGAGGCGCUGGUGAAGCGAGUCAGAGAGAAGAUGCUUGCAGCCAUCCUAGGCAACGAGGUGGCAUGGUUCGAUCGGGACGCCAACGCCAGCGGCGCCAUCGCCUCUCGUCUCGCCACAGACGCCACGCUAGUCAAAGCGGCCGUGGCGGACCGCAUUGCCCUUGCCACGCAGAACCUGUCGGUGAUUGUCAUCGCGUUUGUCAUCGGGUUCGUGGUGGAGUGGCGGGUUGCGCUCGUGGUGAUUGCAACGUUCCCGCUGCUCAUAUUUGCGGCACUCAUGGAGCAACAAUUCCUGGCAGGGUUUGCGGGCAACCAGAACUCAUCGCAUGCGGGCGCCACCACCAUAGCAGCAGAGGCGGUAGCCAACAUCCGCACUGUAGCAGCAUUCAACGCACAGGACAAAAUCCUCGCACUGUUCACUGCCAGGCUGGCAGGACCCCUCAGGCGCUCAUUCCUUCGCGGGCAGGUUGGUGGGGCAGGUUUCGGCCUGAGCCAAUUUUUCAUGUAUGGGUCGUAUGCGUUAGCACUAUGCAUCCGCGGCAACAUCCUGUACGGCCAGCCAGGCGCCAGCGAGGCCGAGGUGGUGGAAGCAGCACGAGCAGCCAACGUGCAUGGGUUCAUCAGCAGUCUGCCCGAGGGAUACGACACGCAGGUGGGAGAGAGGGGCGUGCAGCUGUCAGGAGGGCAGAAGCAGCGCAUUGCCAUCGCCAGAGCCAUCCUGAAAGACCCGGCGGUGCUGCUGCUGGAUGAGGCCACGUCAGCACUGGAUGCGGAGUCUGAGGUGGCGGUCCAGUCAGCGCUGAACCGCAUCGUGAUUGGCCGCACCACGAUUGUCGUCGCGCACCGCCUCUCCACCAUCUGCCACGCGGACUGCAUUGCUGUGCUGCAGGUGAGUGGAGGGGGGGAUGGACAAGGGAGAGGGAGUGUGUCUGUUGGGUUGAGUAACAGAGUGACGGGAUGUGUGGAGGGUUGA